GGAGGUGCCUUGCGGGCGGGGAGGAAGGCGGGGAGGCCGCCGCCCGGCGCCGGCCGAAGGAUGGAGCGGGCUCCGGGCAGAGGAACCCGGGCCAGACGACGACGGGCGGGGUGGAGAACAAGUCCCUGCGGCGGACGGACCGUCCCGUCCCGUCCCGUCCCGUCGCCCCGUCCGUUCCCCCCCGGUCCGGCUUGGCGGCGGGGGGGGGGGGGGGGGCUCGUUGGCGGUCCCGGAGGGGGCAUCGCCCCCGGGAACCCCGGCUCCGGCUUCAGCUGACAAGCGGGAGGGCGGCGGAGCCGUCCCGGGCAGAGCCCAGCCUGCUGCCGGCACGGGAAAGAGUUAAUGGUUUAUUGGAGUCGGCACUUCCACAUACCACAGGGAGCCUUCCCAGUCCUGGAGCCUUCCUCCCUCCGAGGCAUUCCCGGGUGUCAUUCACCGCCUCCAGCCCGUGUCGGGAACGUGUCCGGGCUCCCAAGCGCUGGGCGCUGCUUUGCAAGAUCGGGGAGACUUUUGCCAAGUCACGACCUGACAGGGAGAAAAAAAAGGCGCCGGUGCCGCCGCAACGGGCACCGACGGCUGGAUGCGCCUCGGAAAGGCGUCCGGCCCGCGGUUCACGGUAGCAUCACCUCCGUCACGGCUCACGCAUCCCGGCUGAUGCAGGCGCGGGCCGUGAGAGCGCAGGUGAUGCUGCCGUGGGUGAGCCCCGGUGGUUGCCCGCCCGCCCGUUGCCGCCGCUGCUGCUCCGGGGCGCGGGGAGGGCCGGCUCGGCGGCCGGCGGCCCCGGGAGCGGCGGGGCGGGGGGCCGGGGGGGGGACACGGACGGGACCGGGCGGCCCCCGGCCGCGGAACCCACCGCCGCCUCCCGCCUCCCGUCCCGGGCGCGGGUAG